AUGGUCUUCAGCUGCACCAUGGGCUGCAGUGCUCACAACCUGACUGCCAAGGAGGUGAAGUUGGCUCUCGUCCAUGCCUCGCUGGAUGGCAAGAGAUAUAGCUGGUACCUCACGGAGUUCCGGGACGAGGAUGCCAACUCGCCCAUCAUCUACGCUCGAACGAAGCUCCGGAAGUCGCCGACCUACAGGGUGCCGUGGCUCACGGUGACGCCGGGCGGUGACUUGAAGCCGAAGGACCUUGAGGAGGUGCACCUCAUCACUGCCUGGGAUGCCUUGCGCUUCGACACCCCUUUGAAGUGGGGCGUGACCGUUGGGGCACCCCAGCGAGUGCACGCGAGAGCGAGUGAGUGCCGUUUCCGCGGUUUGGCGCGCGAGAGCGAGCAAAGCCGGAGCGAUGCCUCGUGGCGGCUCGUAGCCAUGCCGAACGAAGCGCUUUGGGAGUGCCUCACCUUUCGCCUCUGGAACUUCUUAGAGGCUCCAGCGGAUCUGCCCGCUCGAGCGGCUUGCCGCUGUCUGAAGGCCUUGCCGUGCCGCGCCUGGAGCGGCGGCACGGGCCCGGGGGAGCUGCCGGUGCCGCACCUGGCGCUGAGCCUGGCGGCGGUGCCGUGGGCGCAGCGGCGCAUUUGCCUGGGUGCCUUGGAGUCCUUGACCUGCGCGGGCGUGGACGGCCACGGCGAAGGCCACGGCGAAGGCCUCUUCAGAAAGAUCCUUUGCUGGUUUGUCAAGGUGGGCGACCUCCCUUGGGUCCUGUGGCUCCUGACCAGCGAGCCGCGCCCGGGCGAUGCCGCGCGCCGCGGCAUCUCGGAUGUGGCGCCCAGCGCGGGGCUGCGGGCGACGCUGGCGGCGCAUGGCGCCGAGGCGCUGCGGGUGGCGGCGGGCGCCGGGCAGCUGGGGGUGCUGGAGAUGCUCUUGGAGGCCUCGGCGGACGUCACGGCCACCGACGAGAACGAGUGUACUGCUCUCCAUUGGGCUGCAGACCAGGGUCACGCAGAGGCCUGUGAGCUGCUCUUGGUCUUCGGGGCUCCUAUCGAUGAGGAGGAUGAUGACGCCUGGACGCCCUUGUGCCUCGCUGCGGAGGAGGGUCACCUCAAGACUUGCAGCAUCUUGCUGGCCUAUGGGGCCUCAGUCAGCAUCCCGGACGAAGAUCUCCGAUCCCCGCUGUGGUGGGCCGCGUGGCGGAAGCACUUUGAUUUGGUGCAGUUGCUCCUGAAGCAUCGUGCCGACCCGAACCAGAUCGACCGCUGGGGCGUCUCCCCGCGGAAGAUCCUCAACGAUGAGUGUCCCACGGUGAUUUGACCAGACUCGAAGGCUUGGUUUCCAGAGCAGAUGGUGGUUGGGAACUGAGAGCGCUGAAAAGAGUUGAGUUAGCUGAGGACAGCUUGAGUUAGCAAGUUGGUCCAGCUUGGAUCUGGAUUCGGCUUGUUUUUUUCACCAAGAUCAAGAUGAGGCAUCUCCUUUUUGAACAGCUCCUUUCAAUGCAUCUUGCGCCUUCACCUAAGGAGCAGGGUGGGCUUUCAGCACCGCUUCGGGUUUCUGCGUAGACCUCGCCAGGGCAGUUCCCCCAGUGCCAGGCCUUACCGAGCACGGGAGAACUAUGACCCGACCCGAUGGUCCAUGGCGCGAUGAUCCCGGACGAUGACAACACUCCAACACAGGGAGCUAUUCCCGGGCGAUGCAGCAACCGCAGCCACGAUGCAAACGCAGCAGAUGCACUCUGGUAGCAUGCAGGCUUCCGUUCAAGGUUGGGGUUCCCACAACCCUGGGUCAGACAGCAAUGCCGGGUUUCCAGCCACAAAUGCAGCAGAUCCUCCCACCAAGGAGUCCAAGGAGUGACAUGCAGCAACAGAUGUUCAUGCAUCCAGUGCCACAAACCCCAAUGCAACAGCCACAGCAGAUGACAGCUGGCAGCAUACAACAUUCGGGCCAGGACGCCACCCUCAACCACAUCCACAGCAAAUCCCGCAAAUCAACGGUGAAGGCAUGCAGUUUCAGCAUUUGCAGCAACAUCACUCACCUGUGCCUGAUGUUGGCGGCAUGCAACAGUGUGGCCAGGGAUCUAGUUUUCUGCAACACCCUCAACAGAGGUGUGCGUCCCCAAUUCCGCAGCAGAUGCAGCCUCAGCAGAUGCAGGCUCAGCAGAUGCAGACCCCACCGACUUUUACACGCCAGGCGGCGUGCCAUCUCAAUUUGUGGCUUGUCGUCCUCAGCGAAGUCGAUCACCCUCUCAGAGUGGGGUGCCAAACUUUGGCACAGAGAAUGCAGAGAGAUGCGCAGUGUGUCUGCGAUUUCUGGAUCCCCACGAUGAGGGAGAAAGGAUUUGGUGCACGGAAAGCUUCCAUGCAAGAUCCGCGGAGAUUCACCACCUCCAAUUGCUUAGGUUGCUGAGCCGGAGCCAGACCUGCCCCAGCCUCAGGCUGCGGCGCCACCGUCAGCUUUCCCAGCACGCCACUACCAAGAUGAGGCGCACUUUCCGUUUGUGGAUGUGGUGUUGGAACGCCACUCGCGAGAUGAGACAUGGGGAAUCUCGCUGGGCUCCACGGUCCUUUGCCGACCCGGGGUCGCCGACCGAUGCGAUGCAGACCCCCCUUUGGCCUCAAUAUAAGAUCCAAGAUGAUGCUGGAUGAUCCUUCAACUCAGUCGAGCUCUUCAUCGCCGCUCCGAAUGCCACACGACCGGACCCAUGGCCAAAGGAAAGCGGAAGAGAGCAUCCGAGACCAAAAGACUUGUGAGAUGUGCGGUGUGAGGAAACCCUAAACCCUAGUUCAACCACUGGUUGUUUUUGGUGGAUUGCUUUAGAUUCGAGUUUUGCCGGGUCUGCGGAUGUUGCAAGCACAUCAUGG